AUGUCCCUGUGUCUCUGUAGAGUUCCCGAGGGCCACAGUCAGGAGGUUCUGUUCAAGAUGUCCCUGUGUCUCUGUAGAGUUCCUGAGGGCCACAGGCCACAGUCAGGAGGUUCUGUUCACAGAUGUCCCCUGUGUCUCUGUAGAGUUCCUGAGGGCCACAGUCAGGAGGUUCUGUUCACAGAUGUCCACUUCAGACCAGGACAGAUUCGACGACACUUCAUCACGGUUCCACGGGGAGCCUCCUGGGCAGAGAUAACAUUGACGUCUCAGAGCGGGGACGUGUCCUCUAAGUUUGUCCUCCAUGCGGUCCACCUGGUGAAGCAGAGAGCUUACAGAGCCAACGAGUUCUACAAGUUCUCCUCUCUGCUGGAGAAGAGCUCCCUGACUGAAGCUUUCCCUGUCCUGUCAGGGAGGACAGUAGAGUUAUGUGUCGCCCGGUGGUGGGCCAGCCUUGGUGACGUCACCGUUGACUACAGUGUCUCCUUCCACGGCCUGACCACCUCACCCUCACCUCUACACAUACAUGCAUCAGACGGUGUGACUAGUUUUGAGGUGUCCUCUCCCCUGAGGUACGAGGACGUUUCUCCCAUCAUCACCCUGAAGACUUGGGUCCAGCCACUCAGACCUCUGAGUUCUAAGAUCAAGGCUCUGGGUCACAGAGAUGUCCUCCCCAACAACAGACAGCUCUACGAAAUCAUCCUCACCUACAGCUUCCACCAGCCUAAGUCAGGAGAGGUGACCCCCAGCUGUCCAGUCCUGUGUGACCAGUUGUAUGAAUCAGAGUUUGACUCUCAGCUCUGGAUGCUGUUUGACCAGAACAAGAGACUGUUGGGCUCUGGAGACGCCUACCCACACCAGGUAGUAACCACAAUACAACCAUGAUAUAACCACAAUACA